UGUGCCAAGAAAAUGCCCUUCCCCUUCUCUCCAUUUCUCUAAUAACGAAAUCGAAGUAGACUCCCCUCCUCCGCUUCUUGUCUUCAGAUCAGUUUCUGGGCGUCGCUCUAUCGAUGCAUCGAUUGCGUUUCUUGUUCUCUGAUACAUAGUAUCUGUCUUUUGUCGUCCCCCGCCGGUUAUUCGCAAGCCGUCGGAGAUACUUAGCUGAUUUAGUUUUUCUUUUCUGGAGAUUUUUUGAAGGUGGGUCGCUAUUGAAGUGUGGGCAGAAGUCUGUUCUCUUCCAUACUGUUUCAGGUUAAAGUUGUGAAGGCAUUUUAGCCACUGGUUGAGUUCAUAACUGAAAAAUGUCUAGGCCCCGGGUCACAAUCACACUGGGGCAUAGUGGUCAGGUAGUAAAACAUGCAGGGGCUGACAGAAACCAUUUGGAUCGCAUGGCAGUAAGUGGAACCAAAAGACCAAUACAAGAGAGACUUGGAAGCAACUUCCCCAAUCCACUUCCAUAUGGAAACCAGCAAAUGUCGAAGCGUCGGAGAUUGGAUGAUUAUGGGUGGGAUUCAGACGCUCAUUCUGGACAAGAAGAUCUGCGCCUGAAGCUCAUCCGCAAAAACUCAUCUCAAAGACAAAGGGUUGAUGGCAGAGAAAGAAUAAAUGCUGAUCUUCGUGAAAAGCUCUCAAGAACUGGUCAUUCUUCAGCCUCAAUAGAUGUAAAUUCACGUAUUCCAGAUCCUAGGGCAGUAGGGUUCGUGAGACGAAUUCCUCCUACAAGAAGUGCUGAUGAUUUGCUUCAGAUGGAUUCAAUGAGAAGAUCCUAUUCUGCCUGGGAUAUGAAUGAGUUAAGGCGUAAAUCACCAGAGAGAAGCUUAAUUAUUCCAAGAGGAAUUUCACCACCUGCUAAUAUGGAUGAACUUAGACGGUUGCAGUCAAUGCGAAAUGAUACAUCAAGACAACUGCCAUUGCAUUCGAUGCGGAAUGAUACAUCAAGGCCACCGCCAUUUACAAAUAAGGGCCCCAUGUCUUUUCAACCAACAAAGCCUGUUGUUAGGCUUGCUUCCACUUCAGUUGUUAAUGGACCCAAGCCUUCUUGUCUGGCCACUGAACAUACUGUGACAAGCUUGCUGCAUUCAUUAGGACUAUCUAAAUAUGCCAUUCUCUUCCAGGCAGAAGAGGUGGACAUGACUGCAUUAAGACAGAUGGGUGACACUGACCUAAAAGAACUAGGAAUUCCGAUGGGACCCAGGAAAAAGAUACUCCUUGCACUUUUGCCUCGCGCGAAACCCCGGCCAGGAUAAGGAUUAUGUACACUAAUUUUGCCUCAGUGGUUAACUUCUUAACCAUGCAUUUGGAUCAAAAUGCUGUUUUCUUUUCCUGUAUACUCUUUCCAAAGGUGUACAUAUAUCCCAGAUUCUUUGACAACACAUUCCAUUGGAAAAUUCAGGAUUACCGUAGCUACAGGUGUAUCACUUCAAGCCCAAAUGUUGUUACCUGCUCUUGAUAUGGAUUUGGUUUUCAUGCUGGUAUAUUAUGAUCCACAAUGCAUUGACUAGAUCAUGGAUGCGCCCUAUCUGUCACACUUGGUCGCGUUGCUCAUGGAUGAAAGUAAAACAAUUGCAUCUUUCCUUCCAUCACAACCAUACGCAGGAAUGGUGAUUGUUUUGUUGACGUGGUAUUGGAGUGGUUAUGACACAACUUGGUAUAUAUUUGAAAGAGUAGUUCCUGGUUGUUUUCGUCGGCAAACUUUCAUGAUAUUGCAAAAUUAUAUUUGGUGGAUUAGAAUGACAGCUAAAAGGACAUUGUAUUAACUUGUUUUUCCUUUGCAAA